GUUGUCGUCAGAGGCAACUCAGUGGAAUGACUGAAGUAGAAUAAAACCGAAUGCAAACUACAAAUACUCCGUCAGUUCCCUCGGAUUACAUGCUGGAGAGCGCGUGAGUUUGACGUGGGGGCCGCCUCUCCAGGUGCAGUACUUACCUUUUGGCCAAUAACGAAUACGACUAGGAGGAGCUUAAUGAUCUAGUCCAAUAGAAGUCAAGGGAAAAAAGCCAGCGGCAGAGAGCGAACCUUCUGCGAAGAUUUGCCCAAUUGGAGCGGGGCACUCUCCUAAACCUGGGACUGGCUGCUAGAACUGGCCGCGACCAAGACUUUGGGGCGGGCCAGGUUUAAAGGGGAUUUCGCGCGCUGAGAGCGUCGGGCCGUCAUUGGCCGGUGACUUCCUUCCUUUGUGGGCGCUCCCUGCGUAGCCGCUGUUCGGUUUGGGCGGAACGUCCGAGUGACGCUAUAGUCUCCGCAGCCAAUCAGGUAUGGGGAAGGGAGGCCAAGAAGGAAGCGGAUCCGCGGCCGCGCAGCUAAACCGCCACUAACUAUCCGCUUCGUCUCCCUCCGCCGCUAUCGGGGCCUAAGCGGGAGCGGCAGGGACGGCGUCACUGGGUGGGCUGGGGCGGAAGUGGAGGCGGAGGGAGACGGCGGCGGCGUCCGCGGGGCCUUGGGCUCUGGCGGCGAGGCCCUGGUGGGCGCGAGGCCGGGGGAGGGGGAGGAGGAGGAGCCCGCGGCCCGGGCGGCGGCGGCUCGCGAGUUCCCCGUAGGGCCCCGCCUCGGAGCGGGCGGCGGCGGAGGAGGAGACUGAGGAGCAGGAUGGCGGCCUCGGCCCUGUACGCCUGCACCAAGUGUACCCAGCGUUAUCCCUUCGAGGAGCUCUCCCAGGGCCAGCAGCUCUGCAAGGAAUGUCGGAUUGCACAUCCUAUUGUAAAAUGUACUUACUGCAGAUCAGAGUUUCAGCAAGAGAGCAAAACUAACACAAUUUGUAAGAAGUGUGCUCAAAAUGUGAAGCAGUUUGGGACGCCCAAACCUUGUCAGUACUGUAACAUAAUUGCAGCAUUUAUUGGUACCAAGUGUCAGCGUUGCACAAAUUCAGAAAAGAAAUAUGGACCACCUCAGACUUGUGAACAGUGCAAGCAGCAGUGUGCUUUUGAUCGGAAGGAGGAAGGAAGAAGAAAGGUUGAUGGAAAAUUAUUAUGCUGGCUCUGUACUUUGUCAUAUAAGAGAGUUUUACAGAAGACAAAAGAGCAGAGGAAGAGCCUGGGAUCUUCCCAUUCCAAUUCAUCUUCUUCAUCUCUUCCUGAGAAAGACCAACAUCACGCCAAACACCAUCACCAUCACCAUCACCAUCACCAUCGUCACAGUAGUGGCCAUCACAAAAUCAGCAAUCUAAGCCCAGAACAAGAGCAGGGACUAUGGAAACAGAGCCAUAAAUCCUCUGCAGCAAUUCAGAAUGAAACUCCAAAGAAAAAACCCAAAUUGGAAUCUAAGCCAUCUAAUGGAGAUAGUAGCUCUAUAAAUCAGUCAGCAGAUAGUGGGGGAACAGACAAUUUUGUCCUUAUAAGUCAACUUAAAGAAGAAGUGAUGUCACUUAAGCGUCUCUUACAGCAAAGAGACCAGACCAUUUUAGAAAAAGAUAAAAAGUUAACUGAACUAAAGGCAGACUUUCAGUACCAAGAGUCAAAUUUGAGAACCAAGAUGAACAGUAUGGAAAAAGCUCACAAAGAAACUGUGGAACAACUUCAGGCCAAAAACAGAGAACUACUCAAACAGGUUGCAGCAUUGUCAAAGGGUAAAAAGUUUGACAAAAGUGGAAGUAUACUAACGUCUCCUUGAACAAAUAGUUAUUUGUUUAUUGUUUCUGCUUACAGUGUAAAUUUAGGGGGUGGGGAAUUCUGUGAAGCUCUAAAAUUCUGUCUAGUGGAAAAAUAUUUUUGCACACCAAAUGAAUUGGCGUGUUUCCUAUUCACUUUUGUAACUGAUAUACAGCAUUUUUUAAGUUGUAAAACAUUCAAAUAAAACUUCAACUGGUUUGAAGUGAAUUUUUAAUUAUUUGAUAUCGAGGAACUUUUUUGCCAGCAAUAGUAUUACACAGUGUAAAGGAGUGCGUGAGUAGUGCUCUCUGUAAAACUUAACAUGCAAUAAUAGGGUAGGUGUGGUUGUUAGAACUCAGAGCAUCAGGGGUUUUUUGUGGUGUUUUUCUGUUUUUCACUACGCUAAUUUCAGGUAAACAGUUUUCAAUUUAGAAAUACAAAAACUUUUAAACAAAGUGGUGAACACUGGUUUUGGGGGGAUAGUGUUUUAACUUUGCAUCAACAUGAAUUUAGGAGAGAAUCAUGGUGCUUCUAUUAAAUGUAAACGUCAGAAUAUAUGUAAAUAUGUUUUUAAAAGCUACAUCAUUAACAUUAGUAACCUAGCAUUUUCAUUAUUGGUAUAGGAAUUAAUGUUCAUUGUACAGUAUGCAAGGUAAAAUGUGUUGGUAUUGUAAAGACUACUGUAGAUUUUUACUUACAAGUGCCUUUUUGCCACCUAAUGUUUUUAUUUAUAGGAAUGCUGAUCUUUUGUACAUACAGUUUGUUUUAAAAUCAUGUUUAAUAAAUGUUUGUAUAUAAAUGGAUAUGUACAGAACCUAUUUCAAAAGGAAAUCAAAGUUGCUAGUGAAAUGUUUGAGGUUGUAUUAAGAACUAACUGAAAAUGCAUAUCAACUUUAGAAGAUUUUUGUGGUUUGUUUCUCUGUUAUAGGGAAGCUUUUGGUCAUUGAAUUCAUUUAAUUAUGUCAAAAUACUUCCCCAAAGAUUUAACAUAACUUUAAGUCACUUGCAAUAGAGUUUUUAUUUUUUAUGUUAUAUGGAUUCAUACUCAUAUUUUUUGAGUUGUUUUGCUUUUUUUAAUACAAAUUCUUUAAAAUUUAUACCGUUUCUACAAUGAUAUUAUCUGCUUUCCCUAUAAUGGUUACGUAAGUGGUUAUGUAAGCUAAUAUUUAUGUAUACCAUACUUAAUCUGUAAAUUUAAGGCAAAUCUGGAAAAAAUUAAAUAAUUUUUUAAUCCAGUCUGUGAUUAUCUUUGAAUAAAUUGGAAUAUUUAAGAUCCAGGCACUAUUUAUAAGUAAAUUAUCUCAAAGACUUUAAAAUUGCCUAUAAAAGGUUAAGGUAGGGUGGAAUAGAUUAUGCGAAGUUAAUGACUAAUUUUACUCUGAUCCAGUGGUUUUCAGCCUGUAAUGGAAUUGACCUACUUAACAGCAGUUCACGUUUUGUAGCAGUACAGUCUGAAAGCCCCAGACAUUGCUGAGUACACUGUCGAGAGUGAGAGAGUCUCUUCUGUUAGGAGUCUGUGGGCAAAGAUGAUUUGUUUCGAGUAAACUAUUAUCAAAUGUAGCAGUUUUGGAGGGUUUUUUUAGACAAGCAUUGAUUAUGUCAUGAAAGAUUGGCUUUCGUAAGAACACAUGAAUAUAACAGUUCUUUUUAACAUGAUGUGUAUUUCUGUAGACUUUUCCUAUAAGUUCAUUAUAAUGUGAUACCAAAUAAUUCUUUGUUCAAUUUGGAAGCAUAGGGUAAUUUUCAAGUGAUAGUAAAAGAUUCAAUCAGAAUCUUGGAAAAAUUAAACCAGUUUAUUUUUGAGAUCUUCCUGUAAUAAACUUAGUACUCUUAACCAUGACAAAUAAUGCCUUAACAUGAUUUUGGUGUUUUUAGUAUUUGCUAAAUUCAUAAUAUAGUCAUUACCUUUCCUUAAAAUUUAUAAUGUUUUAUAUACCGUGUGUCAGUCCGCAGUGGUCAUUAAUGGUUUUGCUAUGUAGUAGUUCUUGGACCUUGUUGAAGAUGCUACAAAACAAAGUCGCCCUCCCCUUUAGCUAACAGUAAAAUGGAAAAUUGUUUCCUUUUAAUGUUUGCUAACAUAAAAAUUGAAUUAUCUUCUAACAUUAAAAGUAAUUUUCCAUUUUAAUGUUAGCUAACAUUAACACUCUAAAUAAUUUAAGAUUUGUAAAUUCAAGGCUAAACCUUUUAGUGGCUUCACAGUGUUUAGUCCCAAUUAAAUACCCUCUUUUACUUCAUGAUCUUAUUUUAUAACUUAAACUUUUUGCAAUUGUAUAAACUAGCAAUUGAGUCCCUGUCCUGGAGCUGUCGUGUUCUGACAUGAUGAGCUGAUACUCUUCAGUGUGGACCUGUAAGGAGAUACUUUGGUGUGCUGUAUUGUGAGCUUAGCCUGUUUCCCACUAUUAAUUAGCAUUUAUCAGUGAGGGUCAUUUUGGCUCCAAGUUAUUUAUGUUUUAAUAGCCUGUGAAUAUUGCAGCCCUUUUUAGAUAAAAUUGGUUUAAAUAUGCAUUCAGCAGUCAACAUGGUAAGCUGUUCACAUGUAUAGACUAUUGAAAUACUGUACUUGUACACAUCCGACUGUUGGCAUUUUGUACUUUUUUCUAAAUCCAGCAUUUCACAAUAAAAACUUAUCAAAGGC